AUGGCUGGGAGCUCGCCCGCGUCCACGCCCAAGCGCAAGCGUGGCGAGGCGCUCCCGGUCACCCCCGUCAAAUUCUCCUUCGACAUGUCACAAAGGGAGCGACCGGGGGAUCGCAGCGACAGCCCAAGGUCCAUGGUUGCCCGCCGCUUCCGCGGCCUCGUGCUGGACGGCGAUGGUGGGGGUGGGGGAGGCAGUGGGGUUGACGCUGACGUCGACGACACCGACGUCAACCACCAUGAUGGCAUAUUUUCGGAUGUCGAUGCCAGGAAGCGGCAUAGAGCUGCCCCCGCGGAGCCUGUGAUUUCGGAAUCAACCUGCAUGCCCGCAUCCGAUGUCGCCAUUCCAUCGACGGAGCCUGCAGAGGGAAGUCCGACCCCGGAGAGGUGGAUGCCCGUCGUCGACCACCCAGCAGACCAUGGAAUUCCCGGGAGGAAACGAACAGGCACGCCCCCGCUGCGGCUCAAGAAGUCGCCGGCCAAAGAGCACCUCCCGACCGAGGCCGAGUUGUCGGUGGCUGACCCCGUUCGUGCCGCCCUGACGUGGCACGAGGACGAAAUCACCAUCUACGAUGCCAACGACGCCGACGACGACGGCACCGGCAUCAACGGCGUCGGCUUCAAGCCCACCCCGGCCAUGGCACAGGCUCGAGCUCUCAAGAGGCGCCAACAGUUGGCCGAGUACCGGAGGCGAGAGGAGAACGAGGCCCGCGCGAGGCGCAGCCAGAGACGCCGACAGCAUUCGCCGUCGCAGUCUGGAGCCGUCACGAAGAAGCGGUCGCCUACGAGGAGGGUGCGGUUCAUGGACGACAGCCAGCAUAAGAUUGCUGUCACCUCCAUCUAA